AUGAAAUAUAGUGAUUCCAUCAAGUCGUUUACCCUGCAUAAUUCAGGAGGUGAGUAUGGCGUCGUCGAGACUGAUGGAGAUAUGUGGCGCGAUCAUAGACGAUUUGCUCUGCAUGUGCUAAGGGACCUUGGUCUCAGCAAGGACGGCAUGGAACAAAGGGUACUUGGAGAAGUUGAAGCAAUGACCGAGGAGAUAAAAUCAAAGAAGAAUGAGAAACUUGACAUGCAGGAUAUCAUCGAUGUCGCUGUGGGAUCAGUAAUCAAUCAGCUACUGUUCGGAUAUCGAUUUGAUGAGGACCAUGUGGAAGAGUUUCGUGAGUUGAAGAUGAUGCUCUCCCGUCAAAUGAAGGAAACUGCUCACCCGUCGGCUGUGAUUCUGUUCAUGUUUCCCGGUGCUAAAUAUCUGCCCUAUUUCAAUAGAAUGUGGAAGAAAAUACUUAUGUAUCGCGAUGCUUUUUACGCGUUUUUCGACCGUCAAAUUGAAAUCCACCGGAAGGAAAUCGAAUAUGAUUCGGAACACAGCAAUGACUAUGUCGAGGCCUUCCUGAAGGAGCAAAAACGUCGUGAAGCAGAUGGCGACUACGAGUCAUUCAAGCAUAUUCAACUCCAAAAUAUGUGCCUUGACUUGUGGUUUGCUGGAAUGGAAACGACUUCAAAUACGUUUUCAUGGGCUGUCGUCUACAUCCUCAACCAUCCAGAUGUUCAGGAAAGCCAGCGGCUAGCCAAUCUGCUCCCGAUGAAUCUGCCUCACGUCACGGUUCGCGCUGUGCGAAUUGGUCAAUUCGACCUACCGGCAGGAACAGGAGUAGUUCCUCAAAUAAGUACCGUACUCUACGAUGAAGAGGUAUUCCCAGCUCCUCAUACGUUCAAUCAUCGGGAGAUUUAUCGAGCGAUAAUAUGGCAAGUUGAGACGGUAGACGAAUUGAUUCCAUUCUCUAUCGGCAAACGACAAUGUCUUGGAGAAGGCUUGGCAAGAAUGGAACUAUUCCUCUUCAUCGCUAAUCUUUUCAAUCGAUUCGAGUUUCCUGGCGAGAAUCCGAGCAUGCCACGUCAUGAGAAAGAAUUCGGGUGA